AUGAGCUACAUUCCAGCCGACCACAUGCCCCGAACCGACGUUGCUUCCUUUGUGCAGCAGCUGCAGUCGUCCAAGCGCAUCGUUGCUCUGUUGGGGGCUGGUCUCUCUGCCUCCAGUGGCCUGCCUACCUUCCGCGGUGCUGGAGGACUAUGGCGCACCUACGAUGCCACUAUGCUGGCCACUCCAGAGGCUUUUCAACAAGACCCUGGUCUAUCCUGGCAAUUUUAUUCUUACCGCCGUCACAUGGCGCUCAAUGCCAAACCAAACAGAGCCCACCUUGCUCUGGCAGAGUUGGCCCGCCGGAAUCCCAACUUCAUCACUCUGAGCCAGAAUGUCGACGGACUCAGCCCUCGCGCCGGUCAUCCUCCUGCCCAACUCAAACUGCUCCAUGGUAAUCUGUUUGACGUCAAGUGCUGGGACGAAUAUGGCUGUGGUUAUUCUCGCAAAAAUGAUUUCACAGACCCCAUCGUCCCAGCCCUGGCCCUUCCACCCGAUGCCCAGGACUCGCAGCUAAAGGCGGCCAUCAAGCAGAAGCAUGCUUUGAUUCGAGGUGCCGAUAUCUCAGACGUUGAUGUAGAAAUACCCAAGCUCAAGCGCGAAGAUCUUCCCCAAUGCCCGUCUUGCAAGAAGAAUCUGCUUCGUCCGGGUGUGGUAUGGUUCGGCGAGGGGCUGCCGGAAGACGUGAUAGGCGAAGUGCAUGAGUUCUUUGACCGGCCUGAAAAGAUCGACCUCAUGCUAGUGAUUGGUACGAGCGCCAAAGUAUACCCAGCUGCGGGCUACACACACAUAGCCCGAGAAAAGGGUGCUCGAGUUGCGGUCAUCAACAUGGACCGCAGCGAUGCGCAACAGCUUACAAAGCACGAUUGGUUCUUUGAGGGAGAUGCAGCCGUCAUUGUGCCCGAGAUCCUGAAGAGCGUGAUUGGAGAGGUUGGUGAGUUCGAGGAAACGAAGGGACCAGUACUAUGA